AUGAUAAGCUUAAAGAAGAGGAAAAGUGUGAAAUUCAAUGUAGACCAAUUUAAAAACGAAAAUAUUAUAAAAAAAUAUGCAGAUAGUAUUGAUUUACAUCUUAAAGACUGUAGAGCGGAGAAUAAAGAAACAGAUUGGAAUAAGAUUAGGUCAGUCAUAAAAGAAGCUGCAGAACGAAGCAUUGGUGGAGUGCAAAAUGGAAAUAAGAAUAAGAAAAAGAAAUGGUAUAAUAAAUUAUGCAGGGAAGCCAUGGAAAAAAGACGUGUAGCAAGAGCAGAUUUUAUAAAAUCUGGGAAUCAGGGAGCGAAGGACAUUUUUCUAAUUGAAAGGAAAAGCUGUAAGAGAAUGUUACAGAGGGAAAAAGGAAGUUCAUUAAUAUUAUUUUGGAGGAAGCUGAGAAGGAUCGCUCACAAGGAAGAAUUAGAAACUUCUUCAAUACUAUUGGACAGUAUAAGGACUUAA